AUGUAUGAGCUUUCUAACGACGCGAUUGAGAUUAUAUAUUAUCAAUCCGAGGGAGUAAAGGAAUUCUUAGCUAUUGGAGGUAUAUGUUUUAUUGGUCUUGUGGAUCAGAACAUAGUAUUGAAGUAUGCGCGAAUCAAAGAUGAUAAGUUCGCAAAAGAAUCAUUCGACCGUGAAGCUCAAGUUUUUGAAAUCAUUGGAUCCCAUCUGUGGAUCAUUGGAUUCAAAGGACGUCAAGGAGAAUCAAUCUUGAUGGAGCGUGCUACGGGCGGUUCAUUGGGCGAAUAUCUUUCUGAGUAUGAAACAACUAUUCAACAACGGUUUCAUUGGGUUUACCAGUUCUGUGAAGCUGUGGAACACAUUUACGAUAAAGGAGUCAUCCAUUGCGAUCUCAAGGCCAACAAUGCUCUACUGGAUGACGACCUAAACGUGAAACUCUGCGACUUUUAG